AUGGAAUACAGUCCAAAUUUUGUGACUCAGUUGAAGGCAGAGGGAUUAACGAUAUCUGUUAUUCCCGAAUAUGUUGGAAAAGCAAUGGGAAAGUUAGAGAAGCCUAUGAUGCUCGACCGUCAGUGUCGGUGGGAAUCUCCAGUGUCGGAGUCGGUGAAGUUUCUUCAGUAUUUAAAGUCAGGGAAAGUUUUUAAGAACUGCAUUGGUGAAGAAUUUUCGUGUCUCAGUCGUAAAAUAAACAUUGUCCGUGAUGGCAAUGAUGGUGAUGAUAGUGGUAGUGACCAACCGGAUACUGAUAACAAUGAUGAUGAUGACGACUGGUAUGAUGGUUGCGAUGACGAAGAAGAAGACGAAGACAGUGAUGAUAACGAUGGCGACGAAUAUGAUGACGAGGAAGAUGACGAAGAUAGUACUGAUAGUGAUGAUAGUGAUGGAAUUGACGAAGAAGACGAGGACGAAGAAAGUGAUGAUUGUGAGGAAACCGAUGAAGAAAAUGAAGACGAUGACUAUGAUGAGACGAACGAAUUGUCUGAUGGUUGUGAUGAAGAAGGAGACAAGGACGAGAUGAAAACCGAAUGUUCUGCUGAUCAUCAGCCCAAACGUCCAUUGGGAAAAAGACUAUAUCUCAACUAUGAUUUCCAUGGAACAUCACAAAAUAUUGUGGAUGGUAUCUUUGUUAAAGCUCCCCCUAAAGGGAUUUGCAUAAAACGUAGGCUCUUUACUUCAGAUUCUGAAAUUGAUAAUGGUGAUGAAUGUUCCAACGACUCCUCUUCAAAUACAGCUAUGAUGUCUCAAGAGAUUCAAGCGUUUCCAAUAAAAGUCAUACAUCUAACCGAUGGUCCGUGUGAGUUUGAGAUUAAUGUUAAAGUUUUGAGAGUUUGGACUCAUAGUUUGCACCCAUCUGAAAAGCGUCUCGAGGCUGUGCUAUGUGAUGACCUGGUGAGGAACAUGAAUACCUUAGUGCCGAUAGCAUUGAUACUUCAGACACAAGCAAAAUAG